AUGUCGUCGCUUCUGGAACAAUCUUUGGAUGAGAUCAUCGGGUCAUCCAGAAGUAGUAAAAGCCGCGUCAACAAGCCGGCCCGUCGGAACAGCAGACGCAGAAACGGAAGGCACUUCCGGCCGGUUCUUCAUCUGGAUGAGGAGACGGAACAUCUUGCAAAAGGCGAGCCAUACUUGAGAGUAAGCAAUCUCCAUCCUGAUCUUACAGAAAAAGAUCUUAGGGAACUAUUCAGUCGAAUUGGCGAGGUCAAGUUCGUCAAGCUUGAGAUGAACACCAGAGGCCAAUCAACAGGUGUCGCAUUUGUUGGAUACACGCACCCAAGUGAUUGCAGCCUUGCAAUCGAUAAAUUUGACGGAAGAAGAGCUGCCGGACAGAUUAUCUGUGUCGAAAAUGCAGUUCCUUUGGCUGACCGGAUAUUUGCAGCCUCGCAAAGAAAGCCAAAGAAGAAAAACAACAGACGCAAAGAGAGAAAAGAGAAGAAGAAGAAGCAAACACACAGAAAGACGGCUGAGGAGCUUGAUGCCGAACUCAGCCAGUACAUGUCAAACGAGGGGCAAAUUCCGGUUGCCCAGGAUAAUGGUGGUGCAAAUGCUGCUGAUACUGAUGCUCCAAUGGACGAACCGGCGGCCGAACAGCCUGAAAAUGUUCCUGCAUCCCAAAAUGCACCUGCAAAUACACCUGCAAGUGAAUCUGCAAAUGCACAGAAUGCACCUGCACAGAAUGCCGAGCCACAAGCCACGGAUGAGCGAUUCGCCGCUGUCAAUAACGGGGAAUGA